AUUCAACAUGACCGCGACAAAAUCCGAUACACCAAAGCGUUGAAGAAAAAGAAGGAAGAAGAGCGGCGGCUCAAAGAACAAUCAGAGCUCUCGUUGAAAGAGGAAGUUGGAAGUCCGAACAGUGCAACUUCUGAUCAGUACAUCAACACUUCUACACCUUCGUCUAGCACGAUGAUGAUCAUCCCGGAGUUGGAUAACUCUGCAUUCGACCUUGAGUCCCAGAAUGAUGUAAAAUUGCUUGUGGACGAUUUGAUGAGAUUGGAAGAGAAAAUGCACAUGGUACGGCGGGCGUGUCGAUUCGAGCCUCACACCUCGGCCACAAGUUGCAUGUAUAACAGGUGUCUCUUCGAUGAUUACGAGUGGAUGCGAGAAAACUCACAACCAUUGCAUACUACAACACUACCAUCCCAAUGCACUCUUGAAUCACUGCGUUUAUGGUUUGUUCGCGAUUUGUCGUUGAUGAUGGAAUGGGGCAAAUGUUUACCUAUUAUGGAUCGUCUUCUUCUUAAUGAUAAGCUGGCGUUGAUGAAGGCUUUUGCACCGAUAUUUCCGCUGCUUCAGCUAGCAUACUAUACGACUUCACCAGAAGACAAUGGCAUAGUUAUCAAGCAAGAACCCGAUUGUGAACAGGUGACGAUUGACCGGCUGAAUUAUCCCGAUGGCACGUUUAUUGAGAAGGUUAACGACAUCAACCACACUGAAGAGAUGUACACCAUCCUGAUCGAAGGAUGCUUCAAGCUUAUGCGACAUGCUGAGGGUUUGUCGUCGACUGGCAAGAAAACGAUUGAAGCAGAACGCUUACGCUUGUUGAGCCAGUUAUUCCUUUGGAUCAGCAACGAACGUGGCAAGGCAUCGCAGCUGUUGUUCUCCAAUCUUCUAAUGAUGACAGCUACAUUGAAUAAGGUGGCAUCAUUUGUGCGCCGCGUGUUCGACAUCAACCAUAUCUUCAAUCGCACAAAUGACCUCAUCGAUCAGCUGAUUAUUGUAGGACUGUGA